AUGGCUCCAGUUGUACAUGAAAUCGACCCAGACGCGGAUACAGUCAUAAUCUUACGAUCACCGGGUGAUGGCGAAUACUUCGCUUGGUGGGAUGAUUCACCGUUCGACAACCUUGACAUACUUGAUCAACUCCCUUUCAGCAUGAAAGAAUGGGACACAAACAUGUCGAUCUCGGACGAUAUUGAAGUUCACCAGUCGCCUGCGAGGGCAUUCGUCACGAAGGAGUCGGAUUGGAUCGAACAUCGGCGACAUGAGCUUAUCAACAAGAAGCUGUCAUAUCUGCAUUAUAAACUGACAAUGAACUCUAAGCCGAAUGAACAUCUGCCAGAUAGAUUGCGAGAGACACUGAGGCGUACCAUCGGUGGGCAAAGACGUUCAACCGGAUAUCCCUGCCUUGAGAUCACUGUGGCAGCACUCGAGAGGGUCCUUCUUGACUACUCUCAGGAGCAAGUGGAGGCUAUACUCGAACUCGAAGCCACUCGUAUCGAGUGGUACCGCGCAAACGGCUUCGAACUCUGCUGGAACAAUAACGAGCUGAGCUAUGAGUAG